AUGAAAUCCUUCUGCUGUGCUUCCAGCACUUGCUACAGAUCCAUCCACCGAUUCAGCCCGCGCCUCCCACCCAGAGAUAUAAGGUUGCAUGCGCGCCAGCAUGCUCAAAUGACAGCACGGCUUGCGGUUGUUCCAAUAACACCACAUUCGCAUUCACAGCUGUGUCAGUGCAGGCAACGCGUGACACCCCAGAGAGAGCAUGCGUGCAUAUCUGCCGCUGGUCAAACAUCAAAGAUAGUUACGGUCAUUAUUAUAAAAAGCUUUAUACACCUCUCCUCUCCAUCUCAUUCUCCAGAAACGUCCUCCUGA